UCAAUCCACCCCACCACACAGAGAGACAGACAGAGAGAGAGAGAGACGGCUCCUCUUGCACGCACACACACACAGAGACAAUCACACUCAGUCACUCCGCGCGUAUUGCUCUCUGUACUGACACACGCACUAACACCUAGGACACUGCAAUCAGGAAAACCUCGGAUAUAUGAUCUUGAGCUUGUACAUAUAUAUAUUUACACACACGAGUCUGCGUGUUUAAUUAUGUUGUGAGUCCGCAAACACUUCACUGUAGUAUCGCGUAUAUAUAGUACCAGUUCUAUUGCAGAUAUAUAUACACACACAGACAACACACUGCCACGCUCCAUAGCCAUGCGGCAGGCACGUUAGGCUUGCAAGCGGCUCGCGGGGUAACAGAAGAUACGUACAUCUGUGCGUGCGCGCGCGUGUGUGUCUGUGCCGUGUGCCGUGUGCGUGCCCUUGUGUGCGCGUUUCUCGCGUCCCUACACUCGGGAAGGACGAGAGAGUGAGAGCGAGAGGGGGAGGAGGGAGCCCGAGCUGAAUUUGUUCUUUUUCCAUCGAGAAGAUGCCUGCGUUCGUUUCGACGCCGCCUCGAGUCUCGGAGAAGUCGCCGUUGCACAUCGCGAACCGCCGCGGCAUCCACUAGCGAAGGCAGCGAGAGACGAUUUGCAGAAGCCAACAACAACAACGGAACAAGUCCAGCGCGGGCGGCGGUCGGCCCGAGUUCGAAAUCUCUCGAGAAGUUUGUUGGACCCGGAGAGAGCCGCGUGAGCUGCAAGUCGCGCGCAGAGUCGGCGUCGUUCUCUCUCCUCUCGUUCAUUCACGAGCGCCAGCGUCCGCCGAUGCACCUCGGGGUUGGUGACGUUUCGCUUUCUCGUCCUGCACAGCAGAAGAUCUUUACAGUUACGGGCAACUGAGCAGGAGGAGGAGGAGGGCAGUCGCCGUUGUGAUUGUCCAAUGAUCGUCCGCUCCGACGAGCUGUCAGCCGAUGCUCCUGUACUGCCGUGACUGCUGGAUGGGUGCGAGCGGUGAGACGUGAAUCCACCUCGGCCCGUUCCACGCCGACGAUUUCCCCGCUGCCACCGCUCGACGGCGAUCUCGCGGCCACGACAACAAGGAGCGAGCAGAGAGCAACAACCGGGUUCACAAUAACAAACAAUCAACAACAACAACACGUGCGUGCGUGCGCGCGUGCGUGCGCGCUCCAACAGCGAGACAUGACUUAAGCGAAACUUCUUUGACGCGCGCAGAGUGACUGGGCACAACAAGGACAACAACAACAACAAGAACAGCAACAACAACAACGCGACUUGUUUACCGACAAGAUAGAUCGUCGUCGCCGUCGCGAUGAAGGAUAAGACAAAGAACGCCGCCAGGACUCGACGGGAGAAGGAGAACGGGGAGUUUUAUGAGCUCGCCAAACUGCUGCCUCUCCCGUCCGCGAUCACCUCGCAACUCGACAAGGCGUCCAUCAUCCGCCUCACCACCAGCUACCUCAAGAUGCGCUCCGUCUUCCCCGAAGGUCUGGGUGAGGCGUGGGGUCACACUGCCCGGAGCAGUGCCCUUGACAAUGUGGGCCGGGAGCUGGGUUCACAUCUGCUGCAGACGCUGGACGGAUUCAUAUUCGUGGUGGCUCCGGACGGCAAGAUCAUGUACAUCUCGGAGACGGCAUCGGUCCACCUGGGCCUCUCUCAGGUAGAAUUGACAGGGAACAGUAUUUUUGAGUACAUCCACCCGGCCGAUCACGACGAGAUGACGGCCGUGCUGACCUUCCACCAGCCCUUCCACUCCAACUUCGUGCAAGCGGAGCUCGAGAUCGAGCGAUCGUUUUUCCUGCGCAUGAAGUGCGUCCUGGCCAAGCGGAACGCGGGGCUCACGUGCGGAGGAUACAAGGUGAUCCACUGCAGCGGCUACUUGAAGGUGCGUCCGUGUGCCCUCGACGUCUCUCCGUUCGAGGCGUGCUACCAGAACGUCGGCCUGGUGGCCGUGGGCCACUCGCUGCCCCCCAGCGCCAUCACCGAGAUCAAGCUGCACACCAACAUGUUCAUGUUCCGUGCCUCGCUCGACAUGAAACUCAUCUUCCUCGACUCGCGGGUGUCGGCGCUCACGGGCUACGAGCCGCAGGACCUCAUCGAGAAGACGCUGUACCACCACGUGCACGGCUGUGACGUGUUCCACCUGCGCUACGCCCACCACCUGCUGCUGGUGAAGGGCCAGGUGACCACCAAGUACUACCGCUUCCUGGCCAAGCGGGGCGGCUGGGUGUGGAUGCAGAGCUGCGCCACCAUCGUGCACAACAGCCGCUCGUCACGGCCGCACUGCAUCGUCAGCGUCAACUACGUCCUCACGGACGUGGAGUACAAGGACCUGCAGCUCUCCCUGGAGCAGAUGCACGCUCGCAAAGUGGCGAGCGAGCUGGCCAGCACCGACGCGCAGCAGCAGCAGCAGCAGCCCGAGGGCCGGCGGCCGGCCAAGGGGCGCGCCGCCAAGCACCGGGGCAAGCCACGCGCGUCGCCCUACCCACAGACGCACCACACGACCUUCUACUCCGAGAGGGGCGACUCGGACCGCGAGAGCCAGUGGGAGGAGCAGUCGUGCGCCGAGUCUCCACCGCCCCUCGGCACGCCGUUCCGGGAUGCAGCCUACGCCAGCACGCAGCACACCUACACGCUGUCCCACCCCGACACGGCCACCACCACCAUCUCCUCGUUGUCCUACGAGGACCCGCACCCGGCCUUCGCCUCGUCGGAGCCGGCGCUGGGCUCCUACCCGCAGUACGACGCCAGCCCCCUGCGGGGGCCGCUGGGCCAGCAGGGCCGCUACCACUGCCCCUCCUCCUCCUCCUCC